AUGUUAGAGAAAGGUAUCUCGAAAGACACUGUGUCAAUUGUAACAGCAAAAACUGGAAAUGACGUCGGGACAGUAUCGCAUAUUAAUGCACGUGUCUGUCAUCCUUCUCAAGGUGCCAUUUUAUUGCCAUCCACAAUCGGUAUUCCAAAUGUUAAGGAUCCGAAUCCCGAUAACAGAGUACGCGAUCCAAGAUUACCUUGGGCACCAGCAGUAACAAUAUCCGGCAGAACAGAUAAACCAUUUGUAACACCACAAUAUCAAAAGAAAGCAGCAGAAACUCAAAAUAAGAGUAAUAUUGUACUUGCCAAUACAAAAAUACAAAUGAAUUUCGAUUGGAGCCAUGUCACAAGACUAGGAAAUGACAAGAGUAAAAUUGCAAUUUCGUUUAUACCACACAAUGUUUUACCAACAAGAACAGCAGUGACUGCUCGUGCUGGUCCAGGACCCACAUCGUAUCAAAAAUAUCGAAAUAAUUUAACACGAAUGGGCGAAGAAUUCAUUUAUAUUCAAAUGCCUCGUGUACGAAUUAGUCCACUUAUUGGACCAAAAAUCAUGAGGGAAAGACGAUAUAGAAAUGCAACGACUAAUGAUCAACAUGCAUUACCAUCAAACGGUACGAAACCAUUUUGGAAUACCAUUGGAACAAAAACACUCAAUUCGAGAUUACCAAAUGCACCGGUGAUUAGUAUGCACGAACUUGAUAUGAUAGAAAAAAAGAAUAAAUUAAAGAUUGCUCCAAUACCGAUGCUUCACGGACCAGAUGAUAACAAAGCAUAUAAACUACCAGGAACCGGCGAAAUUACAAUAGCGUCAAGGUAUAAUCCAAAAUCAGCACAACAAGUUGGACAAGGACCAGCAUUUGUCGAACGAAGCAAAAUCGACAAAGGGGACCCUCAGUACGAGCGUAUUCUCAAAAAAGCACCUGCAUUUUCUAUGGGCUCACGAUGGUCACCAUUUUCUCAUACAUACACCGUUGAAUGCGUCGUCGAUGAUUAG